GACAAUCAAUAUGACAUCCUGGAAGCUGUUUUUCCUUUGCGCCGUGCUCUUCUGCGUCGAAGGCAAACGGUUGCAUCAAAAACGGGAAACCAAAUCCCAUAUAUGCGACCCAGUUUAUAACAACACAAAUAAAAUUCAAUGUUACUGCGUUCGAGAUUCCAAGCUCGACUUGAUUCAGAGUGCUGAUUGCUAUGCAACUGUCAACGAAAUCUCAAUUGAUGAUGACAAUUGGAAGGUUUUUGAAGAACUCGAAAAUGUCCACAAGCUAACAUUCACGAAUACACGAGGCGUUAUUUUGAAGUAUAUACCUCAACACGCAUUACAAUUCACGAAAUCAGUUCUGAAACUCGAAGUAAAGUACGCGAACAUUGAUUCAAUAGAACCAUUCGAUUUUGCUAACCUAACAUUCGUUGAAGAAAUAACACUAAGAGAUAAUCAAAUCAAAGAUUUGAAAGCUAAUGCCUUUGCACAUCACAGGGACUUGGUAACAAUUGGCCUAGAUACAAAUAAUAUAGUCGAGAUAAACAGAAAUGUAUUUGUAGAUUUACCGUCUCUCGAAAAGCUAUAUCUGACGAGGAAUAAAAUUACAACAAUCCACGACAAAGCUUUCAUACAUUUGUCUAAUCUAAGAGAACUUGAAAUUGAUACAAACAAUUUAUUCAUGUUGAACAGUGAAACCUUUUUAGGCCUGAAGAAGUUGGAAAAGUUAGAUCUUAGUAGUAACAGUUUGCAAGUAAUUGGUGAUAAUACGUUUGCGCCCUUAAAGAGCCUACGGGUAUUAAAUUUGGAUGGAAACAAAAUUCAGAUGCUUGACGAGAAAGCUUUUCAUGGGCUCGUUAAUUUGCAAUCUUUAUCAAUUGCUCAUAAUACACUGAAAGAAAUUAAACAUAUAAAGUUGUUUGUUGGAUUAAAGUCCUUAAAGUCAAUGAGUUUGAAAGGCAAUCAACUACAGAAUCUUGACUCCGAUGUAAUGGGGCCGAUACUUGAGAAUUUCUACAGUAAUGUCAGCAGUCUAGAUGUCGAAGAUAACAUGUUCCCCUGCGAUUGCCGCCUGGACUGGUUCUUAUCAUUAAUGAACAUCACGAAAAGUUCGCACUUGAAGCUAUCCAUCGAAAACCUUAAAUGUAUUCCCACCUCGGACAUCAGAGACAAAUGGACAAAGACAGUAGAAGCUGACAAGAACACAGACGCAGUAGACGAUGUCCAAAAUGAUUAUGAAUAUUAUGAUGAUACACAGUUAAAUGGGAAAUUAUUUUACGUUGACAUGCGUUUCCUUUUAAAUUGCUCUAAAAAUUUCGACAGCCUUCUCAAACCGGACGUUGAAUCACCCAAACAAAAGACUACAGUAAAGCCGAGUACAACACCAGCUAAUAUAGGACCAAAAGUACCAAUGCUUUUAGAAAAUAAGGGCGAAGAUCAGAAAAAUGUAUACACGACCAGUCGACUGUCAACUGUUUCAGCUAAACCAAUGGCAAAUGGCUUUUAUGACGAUCGCAAUAUGGCCGCCGACGAAGCGAAACCGGACAAAAUAAAAUCGCAUCGAAGCAUUCAGGAUUUUGAGAGCCAAUCCAGUAACUCUUAUAUGACAUCUUCAUGUCUUGCAUUAUUAGUAGGAGUGUUUAGUAUUAGAUUAUUAUACUAGAUUAACUUAAUUUAUUAUUAUAACCAGUGGUGUUAAUACUGAUAUCAACUAUCUUAAGAAGAUUUAAAUUUUUAACUUUAUUCCGGUUUCAAGUAAAACGUGAAUACUUUUUUCGUAACUCAAUUUGGCCACAGACUAAUCGAAUUGACGACGACAUAGCAUAUUUUAAUAAUAUGUCUAAUAAUCGUAACACUAUAUUGGGCUUUAGUUUAAUUUUGUUGGAGAUUUUAAUAUGUAAAUGAAAUUUGUGUAUUUGUGUAAUUUAAGAAUGAUAUUAACACGUAAUAAAGAUAAGUUUGUUUACGUGUUUACAAGCAUAGGGUCACUAUAGGGACUGGUGCGACGCGACGCCAUCUUGGCGCGUUUUGGCGGGUUCUAUUUUUAAAGCUAGUAACAGAAUUUUAAAAUGGCAUUUUGUUUUAGUUAUCUUAUUAAACUGAUUUAUUUUGUAUGUACAAUGAGGAUAUAUUCUUUUACUUAAAAAACAUUUCAUUGCUGUCGGUAAAAUUACUUAUUUUUAAGUAAAUAUAAUUUGUUAAAUUUAAUUUACAAAAUAUAUUUUUUUAAUUAAGUCAGAAUUAACACCAUCGACGAGUAUUUAGUAAUAAAAUUGUAUUAUAUAUUAGUGCUAAUAAGUAGUGUAACGUUACAGUUGGACGUGUUAUUUUUUAUUUUUAUAAUUGUUAUAAAAUUUGACUGCUUUAUUGUAAGAAUUUGUAAUUUUCGUGUUUUAAUAUCGAUUAUUCACUUGAUUAAUUAAUAUAAUAUUAGUAAUUACUUGAUGUUUAAGGUAAAUUUAUUACGUCUUAACUAAUUUUUUAAAUAUUUAAUUGACUCAGUUAAGUUUUAUUUUAAUAUCUUACCCUCAGUCACUAGAGAUAAUAAAGGAUAACGUAGGA